GCUUAAACCAACUUUUAAAAGGUGUAUUUCUACUUCUGUGCUAAACCUAGCUCCCCGCAGCUGGAUCCUUCUGUAAUCCGGAGGGAAACGCGCGGUGCUCGGUGCUGUGUUUUCAGUCAGGCGCUCUGUGAGGGCGGCCGGGACGCUCGCUGUGGAUUGUGGGCCUGUGGCUUUUCUUGUAUCGGGAGGCGCCGCUAAAGCGAAACCGUGUGUUGACUGGUGUGGGGUCCGGUAAUUUCUAAACCAUGUCAGUGCGGGAGGCUUUUAACCCAGAGAGUUACGACUUGGAUAAGAGCUUCAGGCUAACACGGUUCACAGAGCUCAAAGGCACCGGCUGCAAAGUUCCGCAGGAUGUACUUCAGAAACUUCUAGAGUCCUUGCAGGAGAACCAUUAUCAGGAAGAUGAGCAGUUCCUUGGGGCAGUUAUGCCCAGACUGGGCAUCGGCAUGGACACCUGUGUGAUACCCCUGAGACAUGGCGGCCUUUCACUAGUGCAGACCACAGAUUACAUCUACCCUAUAGUGGAUGACCCAUACAUGAUGGGCAGAAUUGCGUGUGCCAACGUCUUGAGUGACCUUUAUGCGAUGGGAGUGACUGAGUGUGAUAACAUGUUGAUGUUGUUGGGUGUUAGUAACAAACUUUCAGAAAAGGAGCGGGACAAAGUGAUGCCGCUGAUAAUACAGGGUUUUAAGGAUGCGUCAGAAGAGGCUGGCACCUCAGUGACUGGUGGUCAGACUGUUGUGAACCCCUGGAUAGUCCUGGGGGGUGUUGCCACAACAGUGUGCCAGCCAAAUGAGUUCAUCAUGCCAGAUAAUGCAGUGCCAGGGGAUGUGCUGGUUCUUACCAAACCUCUGGGAACUCAGGUGGCAGUAGUGGUACAUCAGUGGCUGGACAUCCCAGAGAAAUGGAACAAGAUAAAGUUAGUAGUGACUCAAGAGGAUGUGGAGCUAGCCUAUCAGGAGGCCAUGUUGAACAUGGCCAGACUCAACAGAACAGCGGCAGGCCUGAUGCACACAUUCAAUGCGCACGCUGCCACUGACAUCACAGGCUUUGGGAUUUUGGGACAUGCACAGAAUCUUGCUCGGCAGCAGCGCAGCGAGGUCUCCUUUGUCAUUCACAACCUGCCUGUCCUUGCUAAGAUGGCUGCGGUCAGCAAAGCCUGCGGGAACAUGUUUGGCCUCAUGCACGGCACCUGCCCGGAGACUUCAGGAGGCUUGCUAAUCUGUCUUCCCCGGGAGCAGGCUGCUCGUUUUUGUGCUGAGAUCAAGUCUCCCAAAUAUGGCGAGGGCCACCAGGCAUGGAUCAUAGGCAUCGUAGAGAAAGGCAACCGCACAGCUCGCAUCAUCGAUAAACCCCGCAUCAUCGAGGUCGCGCCACAGGUGGCCACACAGAACGUCAACACCACCCCAGGAACUACGUCCUAAACCUGACCCAGCUUUCCUGAACAGUUAGUUUACUCUAGCACCACCACAAGAGUAGAUUCAAACGCCACCUGCCCACUGUGGCCUUGGCAGAUACCCCAUGGACAUGCACAAAAGUUAAAAGAAAUCUUAAAAAAAGAACAAAGGAUAAAAAAGAUAAAAAACAUUUGCUUUUUGUGUCUAUAGUUUUCUGUUACAAAAAGCUGCAGAAGCAUGUAGCUGUAAGGCAGCUUCUACAGUAAAUGAAGAGUAUGAUGAUAAUCUGAUACUGUUGAUUCAUUGUGAAUCUUCUGUUCCUCUUCAAAGUUUGACUCCCCCAAACUCCACCGUACACAGACUCACUGAUAUAAGAAUCACUAGUGUGCUCAUAUGUUGUAGCAACACACAAUGUUUUGGUUCUUCGCUCAGCCUAGCAGUAGUUCAGACUGUAACCGAUGCCUUCAGCUCACUGCUAAAGACAAACUGAUGAAAAGAAGAUGUGAGUAAAUUGAAGUCUUUGUUUUUCUUUUUUUUUCUUUUUUUUUAACUUUGACUUUUGUAUUAUAUUCCCCUCAACCAAUCAAAUAAAGUGACCCUUUCAUGGUUUUGAAUAGACUGAAUGAAUCAAAAGUAAUACCUCUUUAAAAUAAUAAUCAAGACCACAUAUUCUUCAAAGUGUACCAUGUCUACCUUAAAUGGCAGUGUGUUGAUAUUUGUCGGAGAAUGUAAACAGCUGAGAUGCAGUUUAUAUAUUGUAUGAUAUUCACGGUUUCAUAUAGACUUCAUUAGAUUCUUCUCUGUGAUAGAGUUAAGUUUUUAUAUUCUCCUAUGAAGACCCUUUGAUGAUCUCUUCUUUCUCUCUCUCUCUUCUUUCUUUCUUUUUCUCUGUCUGAUUCACUAAUGGUGACAUAUGCCUUUAUGCCCCCUGAAUAAAUCUGAUCUUUUUUAA